AUGAUAUCAGUCUCAUUGAUUCUUGCAUCUGUAUCCGCUCUCCUUGCAUUAUCUUCGUCAUUCUAUGUCUUCCACCGUCUAUUGGUGUCGCCUGCGCUUCUCCACUUUACGUCAUUCGUCGGUGCCAUCUUGACGCUUGCUCUUUCUGUCAUUUCGGUCUUGUGCUCAGUUUCGGACAUUUUUCGAACGUUUGGUGUGCUGGGAUUGGCUGUGUAUAAUGUAGUAGGGAUGGUGUUGGACGACAGCACAGUGCCGAAUGAAACAUUAAGAAAAGCCGAGAUUUACGUAGCACUUGCAACGGGGUUAGUGAGCUUGAUAUAUGCAGCGGUGCCACUAAAAAGAAUGAAGAAAGAGAAAGAGCUGAAACCCGAGCGAACCGCCAUUUCCAUCAUUAGAUUACUCCAAGUCGUAGCAUUUUUCAUUGCCCAUUUCGCAAUAGCAGUGUUUAGCACACAAAAGCAACCGUUCAUGGACGUCAAGUGGGAUGCAAUCGACUAUAUACUGCUCGGGUUUAUAUUUUUAUUUCCGUUGAUUCCUACACCAAGGGGGAUAGUCAAAAGGAUAAAGAAGAGAUUUCUGGGAGUCGAAGAACUAGUAAUUGGUGGAGACUUUAGACCGAGCAUGAUGGUUGAACAACUAAAUAAUCCGCAGCAAAGCAAUGCGUCAAUGGAAAAGGAAAUCGAGAUGGAAAUCGGAAGCAAAAUGGAGGAAGGAAGACAAGAUGCAGGAAGGACACUAGGAACGCGAGAAAUAGUAGAGAUGGAUAUACAAGGACCUUUUGUUGUCAAGUGGAAUAAUAUUAAGGUGGAACGAGAAGAGAACAAUGAUGAAGUGAGAGAAAGUUACGGAGCGUACGAUAGGUUGUUAAGGCCUUAUUUUAGUUGA